AUGGAGGUGCUUCAGUGUGACGGCUGCGACUUCCGAGCCCCAUCCUACGAAGAUCUGAAGGCGCACAUCCAGGAUGUCCAUACUGCGUUCUUGCAGCCCACUGAUGUUGCAGAGGACAAUGACGACGAGCCACCAUCCGGGUCCAUGAAUGCUAGCAACCAGACAGAGGUGGAGUUUUCUUCUAUAAAGGAUGAGUUUGUGAUUGCAGAAGAUUUAUCAGGUCAAAGUGCAGCUGCUUUGGGAAGCGGAAGUUACUAUGGCCACAGUCCAGGAUAUUACGGUCAGCAUAUUGCCCCUAAUCCCAAACCAACCAACAAAUUUUUUCAGUGCAAGUUCUGCGUACGCUACUUCAGGUCAAAAAAUCUCCUCAUAGAACAUACUAGGAAGGUCCAUGGAGCUCAAGCUGAAGGGAGUCCACCAGGACCUCCUGUGCCAGGAUCCUUAAAUUAUAAUAUCAUGAUGCACGAGGGAUUUGGAAAGGUCUUCUCUUGCCAGUUCUGCACGUACAAGUCACCUCGGAGGGCAAGGAUAAUUAAGCAUCAGAAGAUGUACCACAAAAACAGUCUGAAGGAGACCGCGGCACCACCACCUGCUCCUGCCCCACUGCCAGAUCCUGUGAUCCCGCCCGUGUCCUUGCAGGACCCCUGCAAGGAACUCCCAGCGGAGGUUGUGGAGCGCAGCAUCUUAGAAUCCAUGGUUAAGCCUUUGACCAAGUCUCGCGGUAACUUCUGUUGUGAGUGGUGCAGCUACCAGACCCCCCGCCGAGAGCGCUGGUGCGACCACAUGAUGAAGAAACACCGCAGUAUGGUCAAGAUCCUUUCUAAUAUCAGGCAGCAGCAAGAAGGGCCGAAUACGCCGGAAGUGCAGAAUAAUAAUGAACCCAGCCCCACGUCCACCUCCCCCUACCUGUCUAUGAAUGCUGCAAGCCGGGAGAUGCCCAACACUAAUGUCUCCAAUUACAGGGGCUCCGUCGGCAACUCCGUCAUGAGACCCAAUUCUUCUUCAGCUUCCAAGUUUUCUUCUAUGUCUUACCCUCAGAUGAAGCCGAAGUCACCUCAUAAUUCUGGCCUUGUGAACUUGACGGAUAGGUCCCGGUAUGGAAUGUCUGACCUGACUAAUUCGUCGGCUGACCUGGACACGAACAGCAUGCUGAAUGACUCCAGCUCUGACGAGGAGUUAAAUGAGAUGGACAGCGAGAACGGCUUAAGUGUUAUGGAUCAUCAGGCAUCAGGCCUGACUGCAGAGCAGCUGAUGGGCUCUGAUGGCAACAAACUCUUAGAGACCAAGGGGAUUCCGUUCAGGAGGUUCAUGAAUAGAUUCCAGUGUCCCUUUUGUCCUUUCCUCACCAUGCACCGGCGCAGCAUUUCCCGCCACAUAGAAAACAUCCACUUGUCUGGAAAGACCGCCGUCUACAAAUGUGAUGAGUGUCCAUUUACUUGUAAGAGCUCAUUAAAACUGGGGGCUCACAAACAGUGUCACACGGGUACGUCCGAUUGGGACGCUGUGAAUUCGCAGAGUGAAAGCCUCUCUUCCUCUCUGAACGAAGGUAUGGUCUCUUACGAGAGCGCCAGCAUCAACGGUAGGAAGUCAGGAGUCAUGUUGGAUCCCUUGCAGCAGCAGCAGCAGCCGCCACAGCCACCGCCUCCGCCGCCGCCGCCACCGCCACCAUCACAGCCGCUGCAGCAGCCGCCGCCGCCGCCGCAGCUGCAGCCACCACACCAGGUGCCACCCCAGUCGCAGCCACCACCAACGCAGCAGCCACAGCCACCCACACAGGUCCCACCCUUGCACCCUUAUAAGUGCACCAUGUGUAGUUACUCCACCAUGACUCUAAAAGGGCUAAGAGUCCAUCAGCAACACAAGCAUUCCUUCUGCGACAACUUGCCAAAAUUCGAGGGGCAGCCCUCAAGCCUACCACUGGAAAACGAGACAGAGAGCCACCCCUCUUCCAGCAACACUGUGAAGAAAAGUCAGACCUCAAUUCUUGGGUUGUCCUCCAAGAAUAACUUUGUAGCUAAGGCCUCUAGGAAGCUGGCAAAUGACUUUCCUCUUGAUUUGUCGCCCGUGAAGAAGCGGACGAGGAUUGACGAGAUAGCAAGCAACCUGCAGAGCAAAAUCAACCAAACCAAACUGCAGGAGGAUGCGAUCAUCAAUGUCGAGGACGAUGAGGAGGAAGAGGAUGACAAUGAAGUAGAGAUAGAGGUUGAGCUAGACAGGGAAGAGGAGUCAGCAGAACCCAUCCUGGAGGUUCCUGCUUCCUUCUCCGCCCAACAGAUUUGGGCCAGAGACACCAGUGAGUCCCAGAAGGAGCCCAACUACAGAAGUAUCACCCAUGAUUAUAAUGCUACCAAUGGGGCCGAGAUUGAACUCACGCUUUCUGAAGAUGAAGAGGACUAUUAUGGCUCUUCAACAAGCAUGAAAGAUCACCAAGUGUCCAACGCAGCCCUGCUGAACACUCAACCCCCUAUCUAUGGGACGGAACACAAUAGUGAAAAUACAGAUUUCGGUGACUCUGGAAGGCUUUACUAUUGUAAACACUGUGACUUUAAUAACAAAUCUGCCCGGAGUGUUAGCACGCACUACCAGCGAAUGCACCCCUACAUUAAGUUCAGCUUUAGGUAUAUCUUGGAUCCCAAUGACCACAGCGCAGUGUACAGGUGUCUGGAAUGCUACAUCGACUACACCAACUUCGAAGACCUCCAGCAGCAUUAUGGUGAGCAUCACCCAGAGGCCAUGAAUGUACUCAAUUUUGACCAUUCAGACCUGAUCUACCGAUGUCGCUUUUGUUCCUACACAAGCCCCAACGUAAGGAGCCUGAUGCCGCAUUACCAAAGAAUGCAUCCCACAGUCAAAAUCAACAACGCCAUGAUCUUUUCGAGCUAUGUCGUCGAGCAGCAGGAAGGGCUGAAUGCUGAGUCCCAGACCCUGCGGGAGAUUCUGAAUUCGGCUCCCAAGAGCAUGGCGACAUCCACUCCCGUGGCUCGUGGUGGUGGUAUGCCUGCUACGUUUAACAAAAACACUCCUCCCAAGACUUUUACUCCGGAAUGUGAAAACCAGAAGGACCCUUCAGUCAACACGGUGGUCGUUUACGAUUGCGAUGUUUGCUCGUUUGCAAGCCCCAACAUGCACUCUGUCUUGGUUCACUAUCAGAAGAAACACCCUGAGGAAAAGGCCUCGUACUUUAGGAUCCAGAAAACCAUGCGCAUGGUGUCUGUGGACAGAGGCUCUGCCCUUUCCCAAUUAUCAUUUGAGGUGGGUGCUCCAUUGUCUCCCAAAAUGUCCAACAUGGGUUCCCCACCCCCCCCACAGCCCCCACCACCAGACCUCAGCAUUGAGCUUUACUACUGCAAACACUGCUCCUACAGCAACCGGUCGGUUGUGGGGGUGCUUGUCCACUACCAGAAAAGACACCCAGAAAUCAAGGUCACUGCCAAAUAUAUCAGACAGGCUCCCCCCACAGCAGCAAUGCUGAGAGGGACCGAAGGGCUCCAAGAUUCCCCUCGGCCUCCCGCCCCCAUGCAGCUCAACCGGAGCAGCUCUGAGGGAGAAUGCCCUCCCGUGGAGACGGAGAUGUUCUUUUGCCAGCACUGUGAUUACGGGAACCGGACAGUCAAAGGUGUCCUCAUUCAUUAUCAGAAGAAGCACCGGGACUUCAAGGCCAACGCAGAUGUCAUCCGGCAGCACACGGCCACUAUCAGAAGCCUCUGUGACCGAAACCAGAAGGCCGCCAGUUGUGUGCUUCUCCCGGCUUCUGGUAUGGAGCGGGACAAGACAAAACUCCGAGCGCUCAAGUGCAGGCAGUGCUCAUAUACCUCCCCCUAUUUCUAUGCCCUGAGGAAGCAUAUCAAGAAAGACCACCCUGCCCUGAAGGCCACAGUCACGUCCAUCAUGCGAUGGGCAUUUCUGGAUGGCUUGAUAGAAGCUGGCUACCACUGUGAGUGGUGCAUCUACUCCCACAUGGAGCCCAGUGGCUUGCUCCUGCAUUAUCAAAGGAGGCACCCCGAGCACUAUGUCGAUUACACCUAUAUGGCUACCAAACUCUGGGCUGGGCCAGACCCAUCCUCUCCCACACUCACCAUGCCAGCUGAAGCCAAAACUUACAGGUGUAGGGACUGUGUUUUUGAAGCUGUCUCCAUCUGGGACAUCACCAAUCAUUACCAAGCGUUCCACCCCUGGGCCAUGAACGGUGACGAGUCCGUGCUGCUGGAUAUCAUCAAGGAGAAAGAUGGCGUGGACAAGGCCAUCCUUGCACCCGAGGAGUUGAUAGGCCCCGUGAAUUGUGAAAACAGUCUGCCCACCCCCCUCCCCGAGCAGGAAGCUGAGUGCCCAGAGGAUGCAAGACUUUCCCCAGAGAAAAGCAUUCAUCUGGCUUCAGCGAACCCUGCCAUCUCUUCCACCCCGUACCAGUGCACUGUGUGCCAGUCUGAGUACAACAACUUGCACGGCCUCCUCACCCACUACGGGAAGAAGCAUCCUGGUAUGAAAGUGAAGGCUGCUGAUUUCGCACAGGAUAUUGACAUCAACCCAGGGGCGGUCUACAAAUGCAGGCAUUGCCCCUACAUCAACACCCGCAUCCAUGGCGUCCUAACCCACUACCAGAAGCGACACCCGGCCAUCAAGGUGACCGCCGAGGACUUUGUGCACGAUGUGGAGCAGUCUGCUGACAUAACCCAGAAUGACGUGGAGGAGACGAGCAGGAUUUUCAAACAAGGGUACGGUGCCUACCGGUGUAAGCUAUGUCCGUACACACACGGCACGCUGGAGAAACUCAAAAUCCACUAUGAGAAGUACCACAACCAGCCUGAGUUUGACGUCUUUUCCCCAUCUCCCCCAAAGCUGCCUGUCUCCCUGGAGCCUGAGAUAACCACUGAAGUGAGCCCCUCCCAGGUCUCAGUGACGGAGGAGGAGGUGGGAGAGGAUCCCAUGUCUACUUCUCACUUCUCUACCUCGCAUCUGGUCUCCCACACUGUGUUCCGGUGCCAACUCUGCAAGUACUUCUGUUCCACGAGGAAGGGCAUUGCCAGGCACUACCGGAUCAAGCACAAUAAUGUCCGUGCCCAGCCCGAGGGCAAGAACAAUCUCUUCAAGUGUGCCCUGUGUGCCUACACCAAUCCCAUUCGCAAGGGACUGGCAGCCCACUACCAGAAGCGCCACGACAUUGAUGCGUAUUACACCCACUGCCUUGCGGCCUCCAGGACCAUCAGCGACAAACCCAACAAGGUGAUCAUCCCAUCCCCACCCAAAGACGACUCCCCUCAGCUGAGCGAGGAACUGCGACGGGCCGUGGAGAAGAAAAAGUGCUCCUUAUGCUCCUUCCAGUCUUUUAGCAAGAAAGGCAUCGUGUCUCAUUAUAUGAAGCGCCACCCGGGGGUGUUCCCAAAAAAGCAACACGCCAGCAAGCUGGGGGGCUACUUCACGGCUGUCUAUGCAGACGAACACGAGAAACCCCCGCUGAUGGAAGAAGAAGAGAGAAGCGGCUUGGAGAGAACCGAGGUGGAGGGCGAAGCUCAGGACGUUGAGUGGCUCCCGUUCCGCUGCAUCAAAUGCUUCAAGCUGUCCUUCAGCACGGCCGAGUUGCUGUGCAUGCAUUACACAGACCACCACAGCCGGGACCUCAAGAGGGACUUCGUCAUCCUCGGCAGCGGCCCCCGCUUCCAGAACUCCACCUUCCAGUGUAAGCACUGCGAUAGCAAAUUGCAAAGCACAGCCGAGCUGACCUCACACUUGAACGUUCACAAUGAGGAAUUCCAGAAGCGUGCCAAACGUCAGGAGAGGAGGAAACAGCUUUUGAGCAAGCAGAAAUAUGCAGAUGGUGCUUUUGCAGAUUUCAAACAAGAGAGGCCUUUCGGUCACUUAGAAGAGGUGCCAAAGAUCAAGGAGAGGAAAGUGGUGGGCUACAAGUGUAAAUUCUGCGUGGAAGUGCACCCAACGCUUCGAGCCAUCUGCAACCACCUCCGCAAACAUGUCCAGUAUGGCAAUGUCCCGUCUGUGUCUGCUGCCGUGAAGGGGCUGCGUUCUCAUGAGAGGAGCCACCUGGCCCUGGCCAUGUUUACCCGCGAGGACAAGUACAGCUGCCAGUAUUGCUCCUUUGUUUCUGCUUUCCGACACAACUUGGAUCGCCACAUGCAGACCCAUCACGGACACCACAAACCAUUCCGCUGCAAACUCUGCUCUUUCAAGUCCUCCUACAACAGUCGGCUAAAGACACACAUCCUCAAAGCCCAUGCUGGUGAACACGCCUACAAGUGUUCUUGGUGCUCCUUUUCCACCGUGACAAUCAGCCAGUUGAAGGAACACUCCCUCAAGGUCCACGGAAAAGCCCUGACCCUUCCCCGGCCACGGAUUGUCGGUCUCCUGUCCUCACACGCCCACCACUCCUCUCAAAAGGCGACCCCCACCGAGGAAGUGGAAGACUCCAACGACUCCUCUUACUCGGAGCCCCCCGAUGUUCAGCAACAGUUGAAUCACUACCAGUCGGCUGCCCUGGCAAGAAACAACAGCCGUGUUAGCCCCGUGCCUUCUUCCGGGACUGCCGCUGGCACGGAGCAGAAGGCAGAGGCCAUUCUUCACUGCGAAUUCUGUGAAUUCUCCUCGGGCUACAUCCAGAGCAUCAGGCGCCAUUACCGGGACAAACACGGAGGGAAGAAGCUUUUCAAGUGCAAAGACUGCUCCUUUUACACAGGCUUUAAAUCUGCUUUUACUAUGCACGUGGAAGCUGGACAUUCUGCGGUCCCAGAGGAAGGCCCCAAAGAUCUCCGCUGCCCUCUCUGCCUCUAUCACACCAAAUACAAACGCAACAUGAUCGACCACAUCGUGCUGCACCGAGAAGAGCGCGUUGUCCCCAUUGAAGUGUGCCGUUCCAAACUGUCAAAAUACUUGCAGGGAGUUGUUUUCCGCUGUGAUAAAUGUACCUUCACCUGCUCCAGUGACGAGAGCCUCCAGCAGCACAUAGAAAAGCACAAUGAACUGAAACCUUACAAAUGCCAGCUCUGCUACUAUGAGACCAAGCACACGGAGGAACUGGACAGUCACCUUCGGGAUGAGCAUAAGGUCAGCCGGAACUUCGAGCUGGUUGGACGGGUUAACUUGGAUCAGCUGGAGCAGAUGAAGGAGAAGAUGGAGAGUUCCAGCAGCGACGACGAGGACAAGGAUGACGAAAUGAGCAGCAAGGCUGAAGACAGAGAGCUGAUGAGAUUUUCUGACCGCGGGAGUGGUGUGAACACGGAGAAGCGAUUUCCAUGUGAAUUCUGUGGACGGGCGUUCUCUCAGGGCUCUGAGUGGGAACGACAUGUGUUGAGACACGGCAUGGCAUUGCAUGACACCAACCAAGUGAGCAGAGACGAAGUCCAUACAAAAGAGAUGGUAGACGAUAGUAUGCAGCUGCCCUCCAUAGAGGCGAAGGAAGACGAUGAGCCAGUCGGGAUAGACUUUUCUCUAAAGAGUGAAACGGUAGCCAUCUGUGUAGUAGCUGCCGACAAAUCUCUCCUGGAGGAUGCAGAGGCCAAAAACGAAUAAGAGUUUGGUGAAAUUCUUAUCAAACCUUAC